AUGGCCGCUUCACCUGAGAUCAAGGACCUAAAGACAUUAAAAACCCUUUGCUCAAACUAUGAGGACAUUCAGUCUCGCUUAUCCUUGUUUCAUGAACCGCCUAGGGUGACUUCUGAAACUCUAGCUCCAGAAUUUGCCUACACUAAAUAUCAUAAAAAUAAUAACUACUACACAAAUAAAAACUACCAAAAUACUAAUUCAAAUGAAAGACAGAAAAACUAUUAUAACCAAAACAAAUAUCCUAACUACUCGAGCUCUUACAACUACAACAAAUCUAAAACUACAGAGGAAAAACCUACUACUACUAAUGCUGUACAAGCAACAGCAAACAGUUCAAAUAAUGUCAACACUACUAGUAACUUGCGUAAGUACUGUCCUAGGUGUCGCACUGAUAUACACUCUUUGAAAGAAUGCAAACAGCCACACUUCCCUAUCUGCUUUAAAUGUGGUAAAAAAGGUGUACGUUAUCCUGAUUGUAAAUCCUGUAACCCUAAAGGUGCAAAAAACUAAAUUUAGUGGAUUGUAGUGUACAUAAUCUAUCAAAGAAAUCUAGUGAAAACUUUAGUGAUUCAGAGUGGACAUCUUGGCUCAACUUUAUAUCUAAAUUUUUCACUUGCUAUUCAGUCACUGCAAUCCACGAUUCAGAUAAUAUACAUAGCAGACCGUAUGUCUCAGUUCAGAUCAAUGGUAAAACUAUACAUGGUUUGUUAGAUACGGGUAGUGGUUAUACAAUUCUAGGUAAUAACUAUCAUAA